AUGUUUGUAGCAAGUACAGCUGACGAAAAGUACCACGAAUAUGACGAUCGUAUGGGGAAACAAGACAAGGAGAAGAUCAUAGCGUUGACUGAAGAGCUGGUUGUGGAAGCGGUUCUACAAAUGAGACAACUCUUCGCUGUAAAAGAAGAACAUGCGGAAAUUACUGCUUUCCACGUCGGAUUGAUUAUAGGAAAAGUACGUGAAAAAUAUCAGUAUAUGUUGGACUUAUAUAACGAAUUAAUGCACAAAAGGCACAAACGAUUGAAAUUGUACCCGCCGGGCAUGAACGAGCUGAAGCCGAUAUAUUAUAUAAUCACGAUGGAACUCGUACACUAUUUGGAAAUGGAAAUAGACUAUAUGUUGAAAGUAUUGGAAGAAGAGGCUUUGCCAGGUUUAGUAUCCGAUCGUCUAAGUACGGUUAAUAUUCAAAUAGGCAAGCCUCCAAGCUUGGAGCAGUUGCAGAUGGAACAAGAAGAAAUGACGAAAAAGAAGGAAAUGGAACAGGCGAAGAAGAGUCUUCUAAGACAGAGGUACUUGAUGAAAAAACUCGGUAUGCCCCCAAAUAUGACAACGACAAGAAAACGUUUCGUCCAGCGGUGGCCAGUGGAGGAAACUUGGGAUUUGGAUAAAUAUAAUUAUCAUUAA